UCCCCCACCCCUUCCGAACUGCUGGUGGCGGGUUUAGAGAAGGCUGGUUGGUGCCGCAGGCCGGGCAGCGAGGUGGAAAGCGGAGUCGCGGUGGAAGAAAGGAAGCCUCCCGACUUCAGGCCGGGAAUCCUCUCCCGAGGCCGCGACUGAUUCGGAAGGGGCGUCUUCCCGCUCGACGGUUCUCAAGGGAAAGACGUCCUUCCGUCGGCUCUGCUGGGCGCCUGCCCUCGGCGGGUUACGAAGAUGUCGAGCCAAAAUAAAUGUCCAGACUGUGGCUCUUUGGAAAUCGUAGAGGACUCGCAUUAUUCUCAGAACCAGCUAGUAUGUGCAGACUGUGGCUUCAUUCUGACUGAAGGACUUCUCACGACGACGUUUGCGGAUGAAGAGCAUUUGCAAGAAGUGACAUACUCUCGAAGUACUGGCCAGAAGGAGCAACAGAGCCGCUGCUUACAACGAGGGAUCAAGCGUGUCCGGGAUCUCUGCAAAAUUCUCCGGCUUCCAUCUUUGUUUGAAGAUACAGCAGUGACCUAUUAUCAACAGGCAAUCAAACGCCCCUGCUUUGGCUUGAUCAGCUUGGAGAGGAAGGAGAUAAUUGUGGGCUGUUGUGUCUUUGUUACCUGUCGACAGCACAAUUGGCCCCUGACUAUGGCUACCAUCUGCUUGCUGCUCUAUGCCAAUAAGGAGCUGUUUGCUAGGACCUAUUUGCGCUUUUUGAAGGAACUGGCUAUUGAUGUGCCUGUGCUCAGCUUGAUAGAUCUGGUGAAAACACACCUCAGCAGCUUCAAGCUUUGUCAGAAGGCACCCAGCAUUCCACCUAAAUUUGUGGAAGACAAGGAACAGCUGGUGGCAAGAACAGUCCAAAUGGUUGAGCUUGCCAGCGAGACAUGGCUGGUGACUGGCCGGCACCCCAUCCCCAUUGUUACAGCAGCAGCCUACCUGGCCUGGCAGUCCCUGCGACCUGUCGAUCGCCUCACUUGCACCCUUUCCCAGUUCUGCAAACUUGCUGGCACAGACGUUCCACAGCCAGCCCACCUGAGAUUGAAGGAGCUGCACAACAUCCUGCUUCAGAUGUCUUCCCAGCUGGGCUGGUUGAGAGUGCUCAAGGUGAACCGGAAGACUGUGGUGAAGUAUGUUGGGGACCUGCUUCAGCACCGCCGUGUUCUCCUGCGGGCUGCCUUUCGUGUCGUAGAGAGUACUGAAGGUUAUGGUGCAGAUGGCUCAGCAGCAGAGGCACCACAACGGCUUAUAGAAGAGAAUAAUGAUUCCCAUCCGGAAGAGGAGCAGAACUGUGGCAGCAAGAGGGCACCUUUGCUCCCACCCUGCAUCUUGAACCCUGCAAAGAAGCUGCGAACCCCCGAUACAAACCCCGAGGACUCUGCUGUCACAGGGGAUGAGGGCAUUUCAGACAGGGAGAUAGAGCAGUACAUCCGAACGCCUGAAGAAAAGGAGAUGUUUAGCAAAGCUCAGGCUUGCCUCUGACAUGGUAGCCAUGAAGGAUUCUGAGAGGUGUGCAGCCAGGGAUGAUACAGCUACAGUCAACCCUCAACGUACGAACUUAAUCCGUUCCGGAAGGACGUUCGUAAGUCAAAAAGUUCGUAACUCGAAGCAAAAUUCCCCAUAGGAGUGUAUUGAAAACCAGUUAAUCUAUUCCGGAUGUUUUGGGUUCUUAAGUCGAAGGGCGGUUUGUAAGUCGAAGCAUUAGUUCCCAUAAUGCAAAGCCGGUUAAUCCGUUCCUACCACUAAGAGCAGA